AUGGCCAAGACGUCAUUUCCUUAUUCCCUGAAGCGCUCAAGACUGACGGGGUGGAGAGCCAUGGUGUUAAGGAAUAGGGUGAGGGUCCUUAAUGUCUAUCCUUACCAACCAAAAGGACCAUGGCUGACCGAAGUGGAACAACAUGACGAUACUCAGACGGCGAAAGAAACUGUUACGGAAUUCUGCGAGGAGACUUCUUUUCACGGCUUCAAGUAUUUCGUCAAGAGAGAUCUAUCGAUACCCAAAAGAGUGAAGUACAGGCAGGAUCGAUGGGCUACACUGACACAUGGCGUCUACCAGAACCUCUUCAGUGUAGAACCCUUGUGGGAACUCGUCAACUCCAGCGUACUCCACCUCGAUAACCAGGAAGUCUACUGCAUCAUCAAGGAGAGCGCCCAGCGGUGUGAGGACAUGGUGUUGUUCUGCUUGUGGCGUGGGACGGUCGACUGUGCUGGACUCUUCACCCAAGUCUCCACCAGGAACGGCUUCUGCUGCGUCAUCAACGUCGCUGAUACAGUCACCAAACCACCUUCGCCUGCACGGUGUCCUGGCGACUCCUCAGGCACCAACAGCACCACCAAAACAGGCGCUAGGGUAAACAAGGUUAAACCCAACAUAGACUUGAGCAGUGCCGGCGUGAACCAAGGGUUGACUGUGCUGCUGGACGCCCAGGUGUACGAGUAUACCUACAGUACCUACCACUCAGUCGGGUUCAAGAUGCACCUUCAGGAGCCAACAGGACCUCCGGGUCUGAGUCACGAGGGCGUGGUGGUAUCCCCAGGAAAGGAAGUCUUCAUCCCCGUACAGGCAUUCUCCACCUUCACCACCAGGGCCGCCCUACAGCUCCGCCCUAACGAAAGGAAGUGUUUCCUCAAUUCUGAACGGCGUCUCAAGAACUACGCCAAUGUGUACUCCCACGAGGCGUGUGUCCUUGACCAGCGGACCAUACAACUCCUGAAGGCGUGCGGCUGCAGGGACUACCACAUGCCCGGUGAGGAAGACGUGUGCCUCAGUCAGGAACAAAUUGGCUGCGUGAGGGAGUUUGCAGCAAACUGGCACAUGGACCCGGCCCAAGUGGAGCAGAUCAGUGAAGCUUGUUACUCUGGGUGCAACAGCACCACCUACCUAGCCACCCCAAGCUACGCCUCCCUACCCACCCCCUACAUGGAGAAGACAUGGCUUGGUCUGAGGUUCCUUAUUCCUACCAUCAAGACCAUGUGCCGCCUUGGUUACUUCAACAAGGAGCAAAAGGUAUAA